AUGGGUAUCAAACACCUCUUCCAGGUCAUCUCAGAAAAUGCCCCCGAUGCUGUCAAGACCGGCGAGAUUAAGAACCAUUUUGGUCGGAAAGUCGCCAUAUUAGGCGUGGUAUCUAUGAGCAUUUACAGCUUUUUGAUUGCGGUCCGCUCAGACGGUCAGCAACUGAUGAGCGAAGCGGGCGAAACCACAUCGCAUCUACUAGGCAUGUUCUAUCGUACGUUGCGAAUUGUCGAUAACGGAAUCAAGCCUGUUUACGUUUUCGACGGUGCUCCUCCGAAAAUGAAGGGUGGCGAACUCGCCAAACGAACUGCGCGGAAAAGAGAAGCCCACGAAGCUCAUGAAGAGGCCAAAGAGACCGGUACGGCGGAGGACAUGGAGAGGUACUCGCGGCGAACGGUGCGGGUGACCCGAGAGCAUAAUGCAGAGUGCAAGAAGCUUCUCAAGCUGAUGGGAGUUCCCUACAUUGAUGCACCAACCGAGGCUGAAGCUCAAUGUGCGGUCUUAGCGCGUGCCGGCAAGGUGUAUGGCGCCGCUUCGGAGGAUAUGGAUACACUCUGCUUUGAAGCGCCGAUCUUACUGCGGCAUUUGACAUUUAGCGAACAACGGAAGGAACCGAUUCAAGAAAUCCAUCUAGACAAGGCACUUGAAGGCCUUGGCAUGGACCGGAAGCAGUUCAUUGAUCUUUGUAUUCUUCUGGGCUGCGACUAUCUGGAUCCCAUCCCCAAGGUUGGGCCAAACACGGCACUGAAGCUCAUUCGUGAACAUGGUUCUCUCGAGAAGGUUGUGGAGGCCAUUGAAAACGACCCCAAGAAAAAAUAUACGAUCCCUGACGACUGGCCGUACCAGGAGGCACGCGAGCUAUUUUUCAACCCUGACGUGAGAAAGGCCGAUGAUCCGGAAUGCGAUUUUAAGUGGGAAAGCCCUGAUGUCGAGGGACUGGUGGAGUUUUUAGUCAAGGAUAAAGGAUUCAGUGAGGAUCGAGUUCGCAACGGCGCGGCGCGGCUGCAGAAGAAUCUGAAGUCGGCACAGCAGUCUCGACUUGAGGGGUUUUUCCGACCAGUGGCUAAAACGGACGCCGAGAAAGCUAAUCUGAAACGCAAGCACGAGGUGAAGGUUGAGGAGCAGAAGAAACGGAAGAAAGAGGAGGCCAAGGCUAAGAAAGAAGCCAAAGCUCGGCCGCGCGGUGCUAUUUGA